GGUUACCUCCGUUUCUAAUAAUGACUUGGGGCUACAGACCUUCUGUCCUAAACCACGACGUUCGGAUUGGCUCUGGGCAUUUUGACAUGUAACAGUUAUCCUCAGCUCGCUCCCGGGAAUAAGUCAGCCGUAGCAUGAAGCUAACGUCAUGUCUCGCCCUCUCCACAGACUCGGUGAUGUCAAAAGUGACCGAGCUGUGUGUGAACUGUGCUGGUUAGCCAAUGCUUCAGAAAAGGGGUCAGAUGUGAGAGCAGGUCCUGGGAACAUUUUGAUUCAUAUAAAACUACGACCGACCGCAACUGUAGCAGAUCUAGGUGUGCAUCCGACAACAGCAUGGCGCCCCUUACAGUCGUGACGCUGCUUUCCUUCCUGGUAGCCACCGCCCGCGGCGGAUACCCGUCGUUGGCAUAUCCCGUGACGCACUACGUACCCGAGUACCCCGACGCCUACCCGCAGUACAGCUUCGGCUACAGUGUGCAGGACGCUCUGACGGGUGAUUCUAAGACGCAGCACGAGACACGAGAGGGCGGCGUCGUGAAGGGCAGCUACAGCUUGGUGGAACCUGACGGCACUAUUCGCACCGUCGAGUACACCGCUGACCCCGUCCACGGAUUCAACGCCGUCGUUCACCGGCAGCCCUCCUUGCGGAAGGUGGUCCCAGUGUAUCACGGCUACCACGCACGCCACUACUGAGCCACAAGGAAAUGUUCUAAUCGCUAGACACUGAAUAUGGUCAUGUCUUAGUUAUUUAAGGACGCUGUGUCAACUGCAGAGAUUAUACACCUCCAAAUUAGAAGGGAAAAUGAUUUAAUGGUGAAUAAGUAGGGAUUUGGAAGGAAACAGUUGUGGAUCUGAUUAAAAGUCGUUUGCAGGAAUUGGUAAAGAUCGCCUAGCCAGCUGCUAAAGCAUCUGGCUUACAUUUUGGAAGUGCGUGAUAACAAUCUUGUCAAGGACUGAGGUCCAUGGCUUGCCUCAGCCCCGGUCAUUUCCAGUUCUUUGUACGCGAUUUUUCUCUACAAGUUGAUGCAGAGUUAUUAAAUAUCUUAUGAAAGUAAUCACAAUUUCAAGGAGAACGGGUAACCUUGCUAAGAGUAUAAGCGUGUACCUCUCAAAUUAAAGCCGAGUCGUUCCUGCUA